GACAAGAGACAUGACAAUGGGGAAAAUUAGAAUCAGAACCAUCAAGAAGGUGAAAGCUACUGGGCAUGGGGGUGUACACCUGUAAUCCCAGCACUCAGGAGGUUGAGGCAAGAGGAUUAUUGCAAGUUCAAGACCAGCCUGAACUGCAUAGCGUGAUUCCUAGCUCAAACAGAUGAAAAAGAAAGAAAGAAAGAGAAAGAAAGAAAGAAAGAAAGAAAGAAAGAAAGAAAGAAAGAAAGAAAGAAAGCGGUAAAAGCUGAAUGAGCACAUUGACUUGAGGUCCCGUGCUUUGAGGGCAGCCUCUGACGCUGUGGUUCCUCCCCACUGCUGAAAACCUUCACAAGGUGCCAGGCAAACUUUGAUUCUAGCAAGGGUCUUGGAGUAUGUUCAGUGCAGCGUCCGAGACAAUCCACAUUUUUCAAGCAAUAUUCACUGAUCUAAAGUUCAGGUUUUCUCUGGAAAUCUUUCCCAAAGAGGCUGUUCCCAUCCUGUCCACUAGAAAGGACACAGAGGCCACCACACUCCUCAGUGCUGUCACCUCACUACAAGGGAGAGGGCCCACUUUGUCCCUUUCUGCUCCCAGGUGCCAGCACAGCCCCUCUCCCCUCCCCUACCUCCUCCACCCUUUCCUGCCCUUUACACCUACUUGGAGAAAUUCCACAGACACGGGGAGCCCACACAGUGUUAAUCCUGCCCAUCCCAAGUCACAUUUUAACUCAUCCUCUCUGGCCAAGGAUUAAAAGCUGUCAGUGUAAGGGUCAGGGCUCUUGAGACCCCAAAGUGAGGAGCAGCCGCAGGGGAAGGGAGGGCCAGGGAGGAGGAGGGGCCCUAGACCACAGCCCUACAGCACAUCGGCUGCAGACACAGCUGCCGGCAGAGGACAGAAGACAGACGGGGCAGUCCGCGGCCCUGGGACAACGUCGUCACCCAGCCCCCCAGCCCAGCCAGCUCCAUGGCCUUCAACGACCUCCUGAAGCAGGUGGGGGCUGUCGGCCGCUUCCAGCAGAUCCAAGUCACCCUGGUGAUCCUGCCAAUGCUCCUGAUGGCCUCCCACAACACCCUGCAGAACUUCACCGCUGCCAUCCCCAUCCACCACUGCCGCCUGCCCCCCAACGCCAGCCUUGGCCCGGAUGGGAAGCUGGGGGCCUGGCUGCCCCAGGAUGCACAGGGGCGGCCUGAAUCCUGCCUGCGCUUUGCCACCCCAUGGAGGGAACCACGACUCACCAAUGACACCACAGCCAACCUCAAAGAGCCCACGGAACCCUGCGUGGAUGGCUGGGUCUAUGACAAUAGCACCUUCCCAUCCACCAUCGUGACAGAGUGGGACCUUGUGUGCUCACACCGGGCACUCCGCCAGCUGGCCCAGUCCCUCUACAUGGUCGGGGUUCUGCUGGGCGCCAUGUCCUUUGGGCACCUGGCAGACAGGCUGGGUCGCCGGAAGGUGCUGAUCCUGAACUACUUGCAGACGGCCUUGUCAGGGACCUGUGCUGCCUAUGCCCCCAACUUCCCCCUCUACUGCACCUUUCGACUGCUCUCGGGCAUGUCCCUGGCCAGCAUUGCCAUCAACUCCAUGACGAUAAAUGUGGAGUGGAUGCCCAUUCACAUGCGUGCCUACGUGGGUACCCUGAUAGGCUACAGCUACAGCCUGGGCCAGUUCGUGCUGGCCGGCCUGGCCUACGCCGCGCCACAUUGGCGCCACCUGCAGCUCCUGGUUUCCGCGCCCUUCUACGCCUUCUUCCUGUACUCCUGGUUCUUCAUCGAGUCGGCUCGCUGGCUGUCAUCCCGUGGGAGGCUAGACCUCACACUGAGCACCCUGCAGAGAGUGGCUCGGAUCAAUGGGAAGCAGGCAGAGGGGGCCAAGCUGAGCAUAGAGGUGCUCCGGACCAGUCUGCAGAAGGAGCUGGCCCUGGGCAAAGGCCAGGCCUCUGCCAUGGACCUGCUGCGCUGCCCUGCCCUCCGCCGCCUCUUCCUCUGCCUCUCCAUGCUGUGGUUUGCCACCAGCUUUGCCUACUACGGGCUGGUCAUGGACUUGCAGGGCUUCGGGGUUAGCAUCUACCUGAUCCAGGUGAUCUUCGGUGCUGUAGAUCUGCCAGCCAAGCUUGUGGGCUUCCUGGUCAUCAACUACCUGGGCCGCCGGCCAGCACAGGCAGCCUCCCUCCUACUGGCGGGCAUCUGCAUCCUAAUGAAUGCAGUGAUUCCCCGGGACCAGACAAUUGUCCGCACCUCCCUCGCUGUGCUAGGGAAAGGGUGCUUGGCCUCCUCCUUCAAUUGCAUCUUUCUAUACACGGGGGAGCUGUACCCCACUGUAAUCCGGCAAACAGGCUUGGGCGUGGGCAGCACCUUGGCCCGUGUGGGCAGCAUUGUGAGCCCCUUGGUGAGUAUGACCGCUGAGCUCUACCCCACUGCACCUCUCUUCAUCUUCGGUGCCGUACCUGUGGCUGCCAGUGCUGUCACGGCCCUGCUGCCCGAGACACGGGGCCAGCCACUGCCCGACACUGUAGAGGACUUGGACAGCAGGCGGGCAGGGAGACUGAGGCAGCAACAGCAGGAACAGCAGAAGCAGAUGAUGCCACUUCAGGGUGCUGCGCAAGAGAAAAAUGGGCUCUGAAGACCAAGGCAACUAUGGGCCCAGGCCUUGUACCAGGAGAGGGUCGCCACAUGGGAUCUGAGUGGAGUCUCCUCUCCGAGGCCACUGACUUCAGCUGGGAGCCACAUGCUGUGAUCCCCACCUCCACCUCCUUGCUAUCCCAACCUUCCUGUCUCCCACAGUUCACUCUGGCACUUUACAAAAGUCUUUGUUGGCUGGGGUGGAGUCUCAGUGCUCUCGGAGGCUGAGGCAGGAGGACUGCAAGUUCCAAGCCCACUCUCAGCAACUUGGCAAAAACGUGUCUCAAAAUACAAAAUAAAAAGGGGAUCAGGAUGCAAAGGUCCUGCACUUGAUCCCCAGUACUGUAAGAUGAAAAAGAAAAUUCUCUCUUA